AUGAUUCUACCUAAACAUAUUUUCGAAUCCUACGAAACUGUUAGCACUGAUCAACGUGCUGAAAGUCCGACUGAACAAACGACUCAAUUAUCGUACCAAGAUUUUCGAAAAGAAGCGAUUUUAGAAAUUCAGCGGGCCCGUACAACUAUAGAACUACUUCAGGAUCGACUGUAUUUUCUGGAAAAGAUCAGUUAUGAUAAAGUUAGUCGGCCCGAUUAUGCAUAUGCACACUGGGGCGGAAAAGUAAUCAGAGUAGAUUCCCAGCAGCACAGUUGGAUUUUAUCAUCCGUAGAAAGAAUUCUAAAUAUCGGACGAUAUCGUGCUAGAAAUAGAAAUUGUUGCAUCAAUGAGGUGGGUGAAAGUCGCGUCUUGUAUGGAUCUGUUGGCAAAAUCGUAAUUGAAUUAGCUGAUUUACUUUACAUAGAUGGUAUAACAGUGGAACACGUACCGCAAACUGUAUUACCUAAUUCAUCAAUUGAAAGUGCAAUGAAGCAGUUCACUGUCUGGGGUAUGCCAAGUGCUUUUAAAGCAACCGCUAGAAAUCAAUUCAAUUACGGAAGGUUUAUCUUCGACCCUAAAGUUGAUUUCAUUCAACAGUUCAAUUUCACUUUAAAAUCACCCUUACCGUAUCAGUAUGUGAGAAUUAAUGUCGAAUCUAACCAUGGAGCUGAGUUUACAUGCAUCUACAGGUUGCGUGUGCAUGGGAACACCAAAUCCGGAGCAAAAAUAAAUUGAAGUCACACAAUCGUUACUUUCACCCUAAAUUGAAAAAAAUAUAUCGAAGAGUCGG